AUGAAAUUGUUUUUUCAACCAAUGCUUUCACCUCUCAUGUUGAUGUUUCUUAGUUGCUCUUUCUGGACUGGUGGAAGCAUACAAUGUGGGGGGAACCAAAUCGCAUACACUGUAAUUGUUGAUCAAAAUGGCAAAGGAAAAUUCCCAACGGUUCAAGCUGCCAUUGAUUCCGUAGAGAAAAACAACAACAAAUGGGUUAAAGUUCGCAUAAAUGCUGGCACGUACAUAGAGAAAGUUCAAAUUUCCUUUCAUAAACCGUGCAUCAUCUUAGAAGGUGCUGGCAAAGACAUUACCUCUAUUACAUUCCACAGCAACCGCCCUACAUUUGUGUCUUCUCCGCCCAACGUGGUGGUCAUUGGCAUUAGCUUCAAGAGGUUUGAAACAGAAAACCAAAAACAAGCUGUAACUUGA